UGCUAUAAGGGGUCAUGUUCUGGUGAACUCUAAUGACGCAAGAUUUACAAGUCGGUCAGCCAAUCGUCGGAUUUCCUAUCAACCAAUCACGUUACACCUUGCUUAUAAGUCUUCGGUUUAGUAACCAAGAUGGCGUCCAAAUUUGAGUAUAGUCUCUCUGAAAUAUGUAAACAGUUCACGAUCGACAAUUUGAAGCCCGAGCAGAAAGAAAUUAUAAAUGCAUUGGUGAAGAAAGAAGAUUGUAUUGCAAUUUUGCCCACCGGCUUCGGAAAGUCAUUGCCAUAUCAAAUUUUGGUACUCUUUAUCCGCGAACUGAAAAAGAUUGCGAGUGAACUUGAAGAGGACCUUCAGAAACAAGUGAAGAAACACUUUGAUAAUCAGACAAUUGUGGUUUGCUGUCCAUUGAUAUCACUGAUGCAGGACCAAGUGGAACGUCUUUCAGCUAUUCCAAAUCUACGUGUUGUGUUUAAAGGCACUGAUCCAGCUGUAAAUGAACAGAUCAAGACCGGAGAAAUAGAUAUUGAGUUUGCCUCACCUGAGACUUUGGUUGGCGAAUCUGACUGGAGAGCCCAGUUUCAGACACUGAAAGUUGACUUGAUAGUUGUUGAUGAGUUCCACACUAUAGCAACAUGGGGAGGAGAUGAAAAUGAAGAUGAGAGGGCUGUUUUCAGGAAAUGGUUUCGCCAUAUUGGAGAAUUACGAUCAAUGUUCCCAUCAGCAUCCCUACUUGCACUAAGUGCAACAUGCACCAUAAAAAUUCGUAAACGUGUUGCCAAUGUACUGGACUUGCGUGAAGAGUCGACCAUUAUGAUAACAAAGUCUCCAAACAGAAGUAACAUUAAACGUGUGAUAUCAAAAACAAAUAAUACAAUUGAAGAGGGAAUGUACUGGCUGAUCAGUGGAAUGGAAACUUUAAGACAUGCAUUUCCCAAGACUUUAAUUUAUGCUAACUCUAUAAGUGAUGUCGCAAAACUGUAUACCUAUGUUGUUAAUGAGUUACCUGACUGUGCCGAGUUUGUGGAUAUGUUUCAUUCUGAAACAACUGAGGAAAACAAAAAAACAAUUUUAAAUGCUUUGCGUGACAAUACCAGCACAAAGAGAGUAGUGUUUGCAACAAGUGCCUAGGCAUGGGUAUUGAUAUAGGAAAUUGCCAAAGUGUUGUUUUAUAUGGUCCACCUCAUAGUGUUGUUGAUUUAGUUCAGGAAAUUGGAAGAGUUGGGCGUGAUGGACAGUCAUCAGUUGCCAUCAUGCUCUACAAUUCUUAUCAUCUGAGAAAUGUGAACAAAGACAUAAAAACCUUGUUUAAAUCAGAGACUUGUAGGAGGCAAGUAUUAAUGGGUAAUUUUCUAGAGGAACCACAACUAACUAAACUGAAAGCUGAAUGCAAUCUGCAUACUUGUUGUGACGUUUGUGCCAAAUUAUGCCUAUGUGGAAAGUGUGAAAAACUGCCAGUGGAAAAACUGUUGGAAAAUAUUGAGUGUGUUGAAACAUGCAGCUCAAGUGACAGCAACACAGUGGACUACAGUGAUUUAGAAGCAAGUGAUGUAAACAGUGACUCCUUCACAAGUGAUUGUGAGGAAAUGUUGAAAGCUUGUGAUGAUACAAAUUAAAUGUGCUGUUCAAUAAAAUAUUUUGGUAUUUAAA